CGAGGGUAUGGACAUUGAAUGUGUCAGGAAUUUAAUGAAACUUAAACGCUUGAAUGCUGUUAAUAUGGCUUGGUGCAGCUUAGACACGGAAUCGAUGACGUUACUUUGUAAAUCGCUACCUUCGUCCGUUACACGAUUAAAUAUAGCUGGAUGCAGGAAAACGAUGACCGACGACAGUAUCAGGGAUUUAGUGAAAAGUUGCCCGGAUAUAGUGGAAUUGGAUCUGAGCGAUUGUACGAUGCUCACAAUGAACACCGUCCGUAACUUACUAGAGUUAACCAGAAUAGAACAUUUAUCGUUGAGUCGGUGCUAUGGUAUACCGCCCUCGACCUACCAAAAGUUAUCGUACAUGCCCUCUUUGUUGUAUUUGGAUAUUUUUGGUUUAAUGUCGGAACAAAUACUGAAAAAUUUACAACUUGGCUGUGGCGAAACUCAACUGAACAAGUUUCUGUAUAGUUCCGUUGCGCGACCGACGGUCGGUGUCCGUAGAACAAGUAUAUGGGGACUCCGUGUUAGAGAUUGAAACGUCUACGGUUUAGCAUUUUCUUUGUAAAAAUGUAACAGGCUGACCAAGACAAGUAUAAUAGACCAAAGUGAAAUUGGUAGACUGUAUGUAAUGUUGUGCCUUUAAAGUGUCUUUUCAUCGAGAGACUGAUGAUUUUACGGCACUACCGAAACGAACCUACUAUAAUUCAACGAGCACUUUGUACGAUAUAUUUUAGUCUUUCCUCUUUAAGUCGAAGACAUUAUAAUCGCAUAUAGAAUUGUGCUGGAGGGAGAAGCAUGCUCAAGCCAUAGAACCUCGGUACCUAGUACUUUGUCUCUGAUCGUAUUAAUAGUUUAUUUUGCGGCUUUUUGUCUGCCCAGUUGUGAAAAACGAUUAGGUAUAUAAAGAAAACUUGUAUUUUCUUUUCAUUAAGAUUUGAAGAAAAACUCGCUUUCGACUGAAUACAGCUAAUACACGUUCACAACGCGUAGUUUGUUUUAACGUUGAUUGAUUUAGCAUAGAUAUAUUAUGAAAAAUGGUAAUUGUGAGAUUCUAUGAAACUGAAAUUACCAACUACUAUUACUAUUAUACCUAAACAAUCUUUUUUAUUUUUUGCGAAAUUGCUUAUUUCUUAAUUAUAUUUUAAUUUAACCUAUCAGGAUUCAAAGAAAUUCCGUUGUAAUAUUGUAAAAAGUGUCUGUUAACCAAACAAUGAAUCAAAGUGUUUAAUAAAUAACAGUAACAAAAA